CUUGCCUAUAAAUCCACCAGCUCUUAAGUCUUAACCACCAUUCCCAUCCACAAGCAGAGCACUACCACAAGUUUGCCAGCUGAAUACCUGACACCAAAACACUUACCUCUGAACUUUCUGCAAGAAGCAACGAUGGUGAGUGCCAAGAGGCUUGCUCAGAUGGCAAAGAAGUGGCAGAAGAUGGCAGCACUUGGGAGGAAGAGACUCAGACGAACGACGACGACCGAUGAGUGCUGCGAGACAUCGUCUUCAUCGUCGGUGGCGGUGAAGGGGCACUGCGUGAUGUACACCGCCGACGGGGCGCGGUUUGAGGUGCCGCUGCUGUACCUCAGCACGGUGGUCGUCGGCGAGCUCCUGAGGAUGUCCCAUGACGAGUUCGGCUUCGCGAGUGAUGGCCGGAUCACGCUGCCGUGCGAUGUGGCGGUGAUGGAAUACGUCCUGUGCCUGCUCAGAAGGGACGCGCCGGAGGAGGUGGAGGCUUUCCUCAGCUCCGUGGCCAGGCCUUCUUGCCGCUGCGAUGAUGGCUUGGAGCAGUACUCCUUGGGACUUAGAUCAGUAGCUGUUUCAAGUUUCUGAAGAUCCAAAGAGUGAAAUUGAUUAGCCUUAUAAGCUUUUGUUUAGGAUGAUGUACAUGAUUUUAUAUGUUACAUGGGAAAUGGAAGAAACAUAUUGCAAUUCCGUUUGACA